AUGAUCAUUAUCCUAAGUGAUGGUGGUGCUGUCAGUGUGAUAGAAGGGUCUGGAAGUUCUGGAGGAGAAGGAGGUACAGGUGUAGCUGGCCGGCCAGUGGGAGCAGGUGGUGAUGGAGACGGCCUGAGUGGAACAGGAAUCCCCAUCAUUGGAGCAAAACAGGGUUCCACAGGACCUGGUGAUGUCUCAAGUGGGACUCUGCCUGGAGUCAAACCUCUCAAACCUCCAGGUGUCCCCAGAGGUGACACACCAGGUGAAGGAGACGGUGAGGGAGGUCCUGAUGGUGAGAGAGAAGGUACAACAGGCACUGGCGGAGGACCAGGAGGAGUAGGAGGCAGUCCCACCAGUGCAGGAGGAGCUGGUGGAGUUUCAGGUGGUCUAACAGGUGUGGGAAGAGGAGACAGUGCUGUUAAUGGAAGUGGAGUUGGAACAGAGGGUGCAACUGGUGGAGUAGGAGGAACAUUAAAACCACCUAAAGCAUUUGGACAUGAUGGGACUGGGGUAGGAGGCACAGGUGGUGGACCUGGAGGAGUUGGAGGAGGUCCUGGUGGUGUUGGAGGAGGUCCUGGUGGUGUCGGAGGAGGUCCUGGUGGUGUUGGAGGAGGUGCUGGUGGUGUCGGAGGAGGUCCUGGAGGAGUUGGAGGAGGUCCUGGAGGAGUUGGUGGAGGUCCUGGUGGAUUUGGAGGAGGUCCUGGAGGAGUUGGAGCCGGUCCUGGGGGUGUUGGAGCCGGCCCUGGAGGAGCAGGCUUGGUCACUGGGGCUGGUGGGCCCGGCGGAGUAGGAACCGGAGCCCUUAAACCUGGAAAAAGCUAUGGUGCUGGUGGAGUUUUACCAGGUGGAGGUUUACGUUACCCAUCUGGAGCUGGAGUAGGACAAGGAGCAGGAAAAUCAGGCAAAGUAUAUGGAGUUGGUCCUGGCGGCUAUGGUACUGCUCCAGGAGGUUAUGGCGCAGGACCAGGAGGUUACGGGGGCGGCCCAGGUGGCUACGGCACUGGGCCUGGUGGAUAUGGAGCCGGACCUGGAGGGUAUGGAGGCAGAGGCAUUGGCGGUGGUGCUGGAGCUGCUGGAACACUUGGUGCAGGAGGAGUUGGAAUUGGUCCUGGUGGAGUGGUCCCUGGUGGAGUUGGGGGAUAUGGUGGUGGUGUGGGUCCUGGUGCAGGUUCAAGAUAUGGCACAGGUCAAGGUCUGGGUACCGGCACCAGAAAACCAAAUAAAAGUUAUGGAGCAGGGGGUCAGGUUGGGCCUGGUGGAUAUGGGACUGGAGCAGGUGGUUUUGGGCCUGGCGGUGCUGGUGCUGGUAAUUAUGGACGUGGUGGCUCUGGAGGUGCCGGGGAAGGACUCGGUGGUGUCGGAACCAGGCCGGGUGGUUAUGGACCAGGUGGUGUAGGCACAGGACCAGGCAGCUAUGGACCUGGUGGAUCAGGGGGCAUUCCUGGUGUUUAUACUGCUGGUGGUCAAGGACUGGGGACAAGAAAACCACCCAAAUCAGGCUAUGGAUCAUCUUCACUUGGUGGAGCUCAAGGGGCUUUACCUGGAGGAACAGGAACUGGAGCUGGCACAUAUGGGCCUGGUGGUUUUGGGCCAGGAGGCACUGGCACAGGAACAGGAGGCUACGGACCAGGUGGCGCCGGCAGAGGAACAGGAGGAUUUGGACCUGGCAGUGCUGGUGGAGGGACAGGAGGCUUUGGACCAGGAGGCUACGGACCGGGUGGCACUGGCACAGGAGGCUUUGGACCCGGUGGCACCGGUACAGGAACAGGAGGCUUUGGACCCGGUGGUACCGGUACAGGAACAGGAGGCUUUGGGCCUGGAGGCACUGGCACAGGAACCGGAGGCUUUGGACCAGGUAGCGGAGGCGCAGGAACGGGAGGCUUCGGAACAGGGGGGCAAGGAUAUGGAAAAAGAAAACCUUCUAAAUCCGGUAAAUUCUGA